CAGUGUACCAUGACUGUCCAGCUCAACUCGCCAUGGGUAGAGACAUUGGAGUCACACCCGCUGCCCUCGCGAAGCCUGUCAUGCUCACCGGGAGAGGACGGGAUGCGCGAGGCCCUGUCGCGGUUUGUGGGCGAGAGGGCGAGCCAGUGGCCGACGGCUAGCUUGGGCCAUCGGGGACCAUUCACAUCCAUCGGAGGGCGGAAGGAGGCAAAGCCGCCGAGAACAGGUGGGAAUGGGGCUGGAGGCAAUGCUGUGCGGACAACAAAGUAUACAUGGUGGUCGUUCUUGCCCAAGAACCUGUACGAGCAGUUCCGUCGCCUGGCUAAUCUCUACUUUCUCAUCAUUUGCAUCGCCACACUCAUUCCGGGCGUCACGCCUAUUCCGCCCAUCACCUCCAUCUCACCGCUGGUCUUUGUUCUGGCUGUCGCUGCUCUCAAAGAAGCCUACGAGGACUAUCGCCGCGCUGUGGACGAUGCCCGCGUCAAUGCCCGCCCAAUCACCAUCGUCACCCGCGCAUCAACCUUUCGCAUUGUCCAGGCACAGGACGUCGUUGUCGGCGACAUUCUCUUCCUCCGCAAGAACGAGCUCGUCCCUGCCGACGCCCUUGUCCUCGCCACCUCUAAUCCGCGCUCUGUCCUCCCGCCACUCGUCCCUAGUGGCGAGCCACGCCUCGGCGCAUCGACCGCCUACGUCGAGACAUCCAACCUCGACGGCGAGUCGGCUCUCAAACCGCGCACCUGCCUCUCGGCCACUGCCGCGCUCCACGAUCCGCAUACCAUCCUCGACUCCCUCGACAUUGUUGUCCACUACCAGGAGCCGACAGCUUCUCUCUACGAGUUUGAGGGCUACCUCACCACCCGCGGCGGCUCAAACUAUGCGCUCUCGGCCAACAACCUCCUCCUCCGUGGCUCGCGGCUGAAGAACACCGACUACGUACUCGCGCUUGUGCUCUACACCGGCGACGAGACCAAGCUCGUCCUCAACCUCUCACCGCCGCCAUCCAAACGCUCACGAGUCGAAGUCACCCUCAACUCAUAUCUUGUCUGGAUCCUCGCCGUUCUCCUCGUCAUCUGCCUGGUCUGUGCUGGCGUCUCGGGCUACUACAACGACUCGGUCCUCGCCGAUCGCGCCGGCUACCUUCAGCUCUCCAAGUACGCCACCUCGGGCUCGGCCGGCCUGCUCAACUACGGCUUUGCAUUUCUCACCUUUCUCAUUCUCCUCAACGUCUUUAUCCCCAUGUCUCUCUAUGUUACCGUCGAGCUCCACAAGUUCGCCUGCUCGCUCUGGGUCAUGGUCGACGCCCGCAUGUACGAUCCAGUCACAGACACUCACUGCAAGUGCAACACGUCGAACCUGCUCGAGGAGCUCGGCCAGAUCGAGCACGUCUUCUCCGACAAGACCGGGACGCUGACCAGGAACGAGAUGAUCAUGCGCGAGGCCUCGGUCGCCGGCACCCACUACCUCCUUACACCGCGCGACGCCGCUGCAAACGUUUCGGACGACGCUGUCGUCCUCGAUCCGGACGCCCUCCCACCGUUCGUCGCACACUUCUUCACCGCAUGUGCGCUCUGCCACACGGUGUACCCGGGCGAGCCUGUCGACGAGCUGCCCGAUCCAGCUUACGAGGCAACCUCGCCCGACGAGCUCGCACUCGUCAUCGGCGCCGCCGCCAUGGGCAUUUCCUUUGUCGAUCGAGAUACCGAGACGCUCACGCUCGACAAGACCGGCGUGGCCGGGCUUACCGUCUACGAGCUGUUGCACGUCAUCGAGUUUGACUCGGACCGAAAGCGCAUGUCGGCCGUGGUCCGCGAGCCCUCGGGCCGCAUCGUUGUCUACACCAAGGGUGCAGACUCGGUCCUUACUCCGCUCCUGGCCGACAGCGCCAACAACGCGCGCCUCCUCGACGCCACCAACUCGCACGUCACUGCCAUGUCAACAAUGGGCUUGCGGACGCUUCUAGUCGCUUCGCGCGAGCUCGACCCCGAGUGGUAUGCCGCGUGGUCCUCCCGCCACGCCGCUGCCGAGGCCGCCAUGGCCGACCGCGCCGCCCACGUCGCAGCGUCGGCGCUUGAGCUUGAGCGUGAGCUUGUUCUCCUCGGCGCCACCGCCAUUGAGGAUCGUCUCCAAGAUGAAGUUCCCGAGACCGUCGCCGCCCUCCGCGCCGCAGGCUGCAAGGUAUGGGUCCUCACCGGCGACAAGCAGGAGACCGCCAUCAACAUCGGCUACUCGGCCGCCCUUCUCACCCAGGACAUGCAGACCUUCCGACUUAACGCCUCGUCGGCCGAUGAGACUGCAGGGCUGCUCGCUCACUACGCCGCCGUCGCGUCGCGGUCAGGUGACCACCCGCGCGGCGUUGUCGUCGACGGCAAGACCCUCGACUAUGCGCUCGAGCCGCACAACGCUGCGGCGUUCUUCGCGCUUUGCGCCUCGGCCGAGGCCGUCCUCUGCUGCCGCGUCUCGCCGCUGCAAAAGGCGCUCGUUGUCCGCCUAGUCAAGGAGCACUCGCCGUCGCCACCCACUACCCUCGCCAUCGGCGACGGCGCCAACGAUGUCGGCAUGAUCCUUGAGGCCCACGUCGGCAUCGGCCUCGUCGGCAAAGAGGGCAUGCAGGCAUCUCGCGCCGCAGACUACGCGCUGGGCCAGUUCCGCUUCCUCCGCCGCCUCCUCCUUGUUCACGGCCGCUUCUCCUACCUCCGCCUCUCUAUGCUCAUCCAGUACUCGUUCUACAAGAACAUCGCCUUUGCGCUCCCACAGGCCUACUAUGCCCUCUACAACGGAUUCUCCGGCCAGACCCUCUUUGACGCAUGGCUCCUCACCCUCUACAACAUCAUCUUUACAUUCCUCCCCGUCAUGAUCCUCUCGCUCACCGAGCGCGACCUCUCCGCCAACUAUCUCCUCGCCCAUCCGGAAGCCUACCAACCGCUCCCGCGCGGCAUCUGGUUCAACGGCUACACAUUUACCGGAUGGAUGCUGUCGGCAGUGUGGCACUCGGCUGCAGCGUUUUGGGCCGGUGUCGCCAUCUACGGCCGCGGCGUGCUCGCCGACAAUGGCCAAGUCGACGGCCUCUGGACCUUUGGCACCGCUGUUUGCACGUAUGUUGUCCUCGCUGUCAACGCCCGCCUCGCCAUCGGCACCCGCAUCUGGACCAUUCUCAACGCCGCCGCCAUGGCCCUCACCCUGUGCGGCUACUUUGGCACCGUCUACGUCUACUCGCUCAUUUCGGGAAUCACUCCGUCCAACAUGUACUGGAUCAUGUACGCCGUCUCGAGCUCGCCGGCCUGGUGGCUCUCGGUUGUCGUUGUUCUGGCUAUCGCCGUCCUGCCCGACGCCUCGUGGCGCGCCUGGCGUGACACCAUCCUCUCGCCGCCACAUCCAGAGGCCGGUCCGAGCGCAACUGCUGCCUCCGCCGCUCACCUCCCGGUCAACGAAGAGUCGUCGCUGCUCUUUACCCAACCCGGUACUCUUCCGGACAGCUAUGGUGCAACAAUGAGAUAA